UCACUCUACAGUAUAUAAUAAUGCAUGAUAAUAUUUUUUUAUAGUUUUUUUAGUUCUUUUACAUUUUUUUUUUUUUGAAUAAAUACAAUAUAAAUAUUAAAUACUAGUUGGAUACUAAUUUCAUUCUAAUUCACAAUGUUGUACCUAGAAGAUUAUCUCGAAAAUAUCGAGCAUUUGCCACAAGAGAUGAGAAAUCGCUUUACAAAAAUGAGAGAAAUGGACUUACAAGUAGAAAAUUCUAUGGAUUGCAUAAAAAAAAACGUGGAUACUUUGUUUUUAAAAGCAGACAAUAUGAAUCCAGAUGAAUUAGAAACUAAUUUUAAGGCAAUCAUGAAAGAAGGAGAAAAAUCUGUGGAACAAUCUGAGGAAAAAGUUCAAUUAGCUAACCAUAUGCAUGACCUUAUGUCAAAAUAUUUGAGACGAUUAGAUCACGAGUUACACAAAUUUAAAAUGGAACUAGAAGCUGAUAACAGUGGUAUUACUGGACUUAUUGAAAAAAGAAGUUUGGAUUCAGAACAAAGUAAUAUUAGUAUUCCCAAUCAAAAAGAAAAUAAGUAUCAAUUGAAUAGAUGUCUUUUUAGUGAUAAACAAGAAUCAUUAAACCAUGUCAGUACUUCCAAACAAAAAUCAACAUCAAUAGCUUCAAAUUCUACUAGUAGUGGUGAUGUAGCAUCACCUUCACGUCGCGAUACAAGUCCUGCAAAUUCUCGAAUGGUUCCAUCUUCUUUAUCGUACACAUUGGGACAUAUGGGAGCUGGAAGUCCUGCAAUUGCAGCAGCUGCAUCCCAAGCUAUUGUUGCUACUCAACAAUUGUCUCAAGGUCGUAGGACAGCUAGUCUAAAAGCAUCUCUAGAAGCAAUUAAUUCUGGAGCUAACUUGACAGGUCAAAUGAGCUCUGCGUCAGGUGUUCUACCAUCAGAAUUGCCUAUUAGUAAAGAAUUAGCAGGUGUGGCACAUUUAGUCAACCCUAAUAUGGAUGGAACUAGAAAACAUAGAAGGCGAGGAGGUACUCAAAAUGCACAGAUGUCCACUGAAGAAGAUGUGGAUGAACCAAUUGAUCCUAAUGAACCCCGUUAUUGUAUAUGUAAUCAAGUUGCUUAUGGUACAAUGGUCGCUUGUGAUAAUAAAGGGUGUCCAUAUGAAUGGUAUCAUUGUGAAUGUGUCGGUAUAACAGACCCACCAAAAGGCAAAUGGUAUUGUCCUCAAUGUAUUACAACAAUGAAGAGUCGUAGAUCACGAAAAACCACAUGAAUGAUAAUGCAUUUACUUAUAACCACUAAUGUGUACUUAUUUAUAUAUUUUUUUAGCUUGAUAUUAUUGAAACCAAUAUUUUUUGUAAAAAAAAAGAGAAUAGAAAAUGAAAACAAAAUGUAAAUUUUUACAAAACAUUCUUAAGGAAUUUUCUUGUUUGUUUUAUUAAUAUGUUAUAUAUAAAUUAUUUAAAAAAAAACUAUUAUAAAUAUUUAUAUUUAUAUUAUAUUACUCUUAGCAGUUUUUCAAGAAUUAAAAAGAAAGAAUCUUAGUGAAAUAACGUUUGUAAUUUUUUAUAAAUUAACCACAGUGAGUUCCGCUUAAUGUGAUCACAUUGGUUCAGAUCAUUUUGAUUCUAUUAACCGGUUGAUUCCAUAAAACAUUUUUUAUUUAUUUUAUUUAUACACUUUAUUGAUGAGUUUAUAUUUAUAUAUAUGUUUAAAAUUAAAUUAAAAUAAAGUAAAGAAGCUAUCUAUUUUUGAUUGUAUUGAGAAUCUAUUAAUUUUAUUUUUAUAAUAGUCUGAAAUUAAAAUACAUAUACAAUUAAUAAAAUACAUAUACUUUAUUUCGAAUGAGAUUGUACCUCGGCGGCCAAUUUGUGCGAAUGGGUGUGCCUUUACUACACAGCAGGCGAAUAGACAGUUGACUCGGUGGGGUGAACACAUGGGUGUUGUCUGACUGCCGCUUGAUGAAAACUGGUUGUCACCGAGGUACAAUCUCAUUCUGAAUGGAGUAUAGGUACAUGUUUUUAAUUAUUUGAAAUUAAAUAAAUAAUAUUGUAUGUA